AUGCACUUUAAAAGUCUGACCGGUCGUCGCGUGGUAGGCUUUCAGUACCUUACGUUCCCUAAUGGAUCCGAUGAUGGUUUGUUUGACUCUCUUGAAAAUGAGGCCAAAAAGAUGCAAAACAGGUAUACCGAAGCCAUCUCCAAUGCAAUCAAGGAAUGGGAUACCAAAUUUUUGCGCAAAAUGCAGUCUAUUUAUUUUGGCUGCGGCAAAAAGUGCUGCGAUAACAAGGACUUCGAUACCGAGCAAGUUCAGUCGUGCAUCGAACACUGUGAGAAACCGGUCAGCGCUGCUCAAAGUUUAGUCCAAGGCGAGCUGAAUCAGCUUCAGAGUCGUUUCCAGACGUGCGUGCGUGAGUGCUCACACCGCGCCCAUGACAAGUUCAAGGGAGCCGAUGAUACGUUGACCGAGGCGCAGCGGAUUCUGGUGCAGAAGGAGACGCUAGUGUGCGUGAACAAGUGUGUCGAGGAGCAAAUCACUAACGCCAUUCCCGCCACUGUGCGACUUGUCUCCGCACAGCUGCAAAAACUCCGUGCUGAACAGCCCUCUGAUUAG